CCCUUCCACUGCAAGGCAAGCUAGCCAUCGUAACCGGCGCAUCCCGCGGCAUCGGUGCCAGUCUCGCAUACGAGCUUGCACGCCGCGGAGCAAACGUAAGCCAUCCAUCCCAUCACCCUCCUAUAAACAAAACAACCCCACACAGCCCGAGAAUAACCCCCUCCCCAGAUCUGCAUGACCUACCUCUCCACCAGCAGCAAACCCGCCAUCAACGACCUCCGCACCAAAAUCAACCAACUCCCCCACACCCCAACAACCUGGACCUGCCAAACCGACCUAUCCUCCCUCACCGGCGCCUCAGAAAUAAUCUCCACCCUAAAAACCCACCUCCACCCCACACCCCUCCAAAUCGACAUCCUCAUCAACAACGCCGGGAUCGAAAUCAUCAACACCCUCCAAGACACCACCCUAGAAGACUACGACAAGGUCUUCAACCUCAACGUCCGCGGGACAAUGCUCAUGACCCAGGCCGUCAUCCCAUAUUUACCGCCCAAAGGCCGGAUAAUCAACCUCAGUUCUGUGGGUGCGCGGUACGGGUUCAAGAACAUUAGUUUGUAUAUUGCGUCGAAGGCGGCUAUUGAAGGGUUUACGCGUGCUUGGGCUGCGGAGCUAGGGGGGGAUGGAACGACGGUGAAUGCGGUGGCGCCUGGUCCGGUACCGAGUGAUUUGCUGGAUAGGAUUCCGAAGGAUAUUGUGGAUUUGCAGAAGGCUACGACGCCGAUUGAGCAGAGGUUGGGGACGACGGGGGAGGUGGCGAAUGUUGUGGCUUGGUUGGCGGGAUCGGAUGCGUCGUGGGUUACGGGUCAGGUGGUUUGUGUGAGUGGGGGGUGGGGGAUGUAUUAGGUUGGGUGUUUUGUAUACUUAUGAUUUGUGGGGAUUUGUAUAGAAGUGGGAUAUUUGGUAUAAUGCAAUUCUAAGACUGGC